AUGGCGGUGCCCGGCGGGGAGCCGGGCGCCGGGGGCGCCGCCCCGGGCAGGUCGCCCAGGCAGGCGGAGGGGGAGGAGACGUCCGUGAGGGUGGCGGUGAGGAUGAGGCCCUUGAUCGCCAGGGAGAAGAUGGCCGGCGCGAGGAGCUGCAGCGUCGUGGAUUCUUCAUCUGGAUGUGUCUUUCUUGGGAGAGAGAGGCAGUUCACCUUUGACUAUGCUUUUGGGCCAGAGAGCACACAGGCCGAGGUCUACAAUAAGUGCGUCGCCCACCUGCUUGAGGGCUGCUUUGAUGGGUACAACGCCACGAUCCUUGCAUAUGGCCAAACAGGCUCUGGCAAGACGUACACGAUGGGCACAGGAAACCAGUCAGGCAUGCCUGAUGGGCUCAUCGGGAUCGUGCCUCGCCUUGUUCGGGCCCUUUUUAGUGGCAUAAAAGAAAGGAGGGACAUUGCAGAAUGCAAAGUCGCCAUACAAUUCUUGGAAAUUUAUAAUGAGGAGGUGAAGGACUUGUUGGAGCCUGGUGCACGCUCAAAGAGCAUGAACAUAUGGGAGUCACCAGAAGGGGAGAUAAAAAUCGUUGGGGCACGUGAGGUAGUUGUUGACUCCAGCCAAGAGCUCACAGAGUGCUUGGAAGCCGGCCUGAGCUCAAGAUCCACUGGGGAUACGCUGGUGAAUUCGGUCUCGAGCCGAUCCCACGCCAUCUUCACAAUCAUGCUUGAGCAGCGAGUGGGACAUGCUGGCAACGAUGAGCCUGUGGAUGGGCAUGUGCAUGAGGUUCGAAGGGCCAAGUUCCACCUUGUGGACCUUGCUGGCUCAGAACGGAUCAAAAAGAGUGGGGCUGCAGGGGAGAGGUUGAAGGAGUCGGUGCAUAUCAACCAGGGUCUCCUGUGUCUGGGCAAUGUGAUUAGUGCCCUGGGAGAUGAGAGCAGACCCAGGAUUGGCCAUGUGCCCUACAGGGAUUCCAAACUUACCCGACUGCUGCAGGACUCCCUUGGCGGCAACUCACGCACCUGCAUGGUGGCCUGCGUCAGCUCAGCGGACAACUGUUUCGAUGAGACACUGAACACCCUGAAGUAUGCCAAUCGGGCAAGGAAUAUCAAGAACAAGCCCCACGUGAACCGUGAGAUCCGGUGCUCGCCUGGUGAUCUCAAGUCUGACGCACAGGAGUUGCAGCUGAAGCUGCUGAGGCAGUACCUGGAUGGGUCCACGCUUGGCGCCCUGCCAGAGAUGCUGCUGAUGGACUUUGAGAAGGGGGAGAUCGCAAUGGAGGAUCUGGAGAAAUUGAGGGAGAUGGCCAACAGGGCAGACACUGAUGGCCUGGUCCUCUCACUGCACAACAAAUCGUUGAAUGAGCUGGAGAAGACUGUUCGCCACUUGCAGUCACAGGUCGAUAUCAGCAACUCUGAGACUGCAGACCUCCAGGUGCGACUACAGGAUGCUGAGGAAGCCAAAGGGAAGAUGCAAAUGACAUUGGUGACUCAGAUGCAGCAGAUAUCAGCAGUGGUACAAGAGGCAGAUGCGCUCAUGGCGGCUGGAGAGAUAUCUCCACAAGCCAGGGAUCGACUUCUCCUUGCGUGUCAGCAGUCCAAUGGUGAGAGGAAUGGCAAGAAUCCUAGGUUGUUGGUCCGCACCUCUGUCAAUGGAAGUCCCAGGGACUGCCUUCAGCACGGUGUGCCUGAGGGUGUUACAGCAGGGGACCUCCAGAACCUUGUGGUGAAGCGUGAACGAGAGAUCGUGGAGGUCAGGAAACAGCUCAGGGAGGCACAGGACCAUCUCGCACGGGACGAGGUCAUCUUUGCUGAAAAGAUGCAGGAGCUGAACACUCUGAAAGCAGCGAGCAGAGAGAUGGAACGCAAGUUUGAGAUGUUCCAGCACACCCAUGAACAGCAAAUCGAGCAGUUGCGCAGUGAGCUGGAGAUUUGGAAGAGUCGUGCCGAGAGUGCGAGUGCUGCUCCCCAUGCUUUCGUGCCUGGCUCACAAGAGGAUCGAGCAUUAGCGGAGUCAAGAGCAGACAAUGGUGUUCACCAGAAUGGUGGUGCCACGGGUGGCGGCAGUGACGAUCUGGUCCUGUUUGACGAUGAACUGUUGUCGUGCGUUAGUGAUACGGACUACACCGAUCUGCAUGGUUCGGGAACGAUGCAGUAUGAGGAAGAUGACCAGGGAAAUGCAGAGGUGCAGAAAUGGGUGGAAGAGAGGUCUGCAAUCGAGGCAGAGAAGGAGAGCCUGUGUGCCAAGAUGGCUGCCCAGCACCAGGAGUUCGGACAGGUCUGCGAGUCGCUGGGGCGACAGCUGCAAGACCUUGAAAGGGACAUCUGGCAGAAGGAGGAGACUAUCCAUCAGCUUCGCACCAACGAGCAGGAAACGAGGGCACAGUCUGAUGAGCACCUGGCUCACAUAAGGGAUUUGGAAGAGGACAUUUCCAGAAAAGAGGCUGAGGUGGAGCAUCUGCGACAUGAGGUGGAUGCAAUUGAAGGCGACCGUGCCAAGACUGCAGAAGAGAAAAUCCAGCUCCGUCUCCAGUACGACAGGCGGAUCACCCAGGCACAGCUGCAGAUGGACAAUCUGCGAAAGCUGGUGAAGGAGCAGCGGAAGAUGGGAUCGAACAGGGAACAGCAGAGGGCCCAGGCGCAGAUCCAGACUCUGCAGGACGAGCUUGAGAAGUCGCGUGCAAGGCACAAGGGCCUGCAGAACAAGUUGCAGGCCAAGGGUCGUGUGUUUGAGGCGCAGAGGGAACAGAACCAGAGGGAGGUGAGGGAGCUGCAGGAUGCCGUGACGGCAGCAAACAACACGAUUGCUGAGCUCGAGAAGGAGAACAACAAACAGACGAACAUCAUAAAGCGCAAGCGGGAGCAGGUUGUGGUGGCCCAGCGGCGCCUCCGCGAGCUGGCCCUGGACCCCAAGGUCCUGCAGAGCGGCACGCGCCGCAAGGCGGGCGCGCUGUACAAGGAGGUCUGGGCGCACAGCCAGCCCAGGCCGCGCGACUGUGGCGCUGCGCGCUCGCCCCGGGACAGGGCGCGGCGGUCGUGGGUGCGCCCCCAGGACGAGGACGGCACCUCGCGCAGCCCACGCCCCCCGCUGCGCUCUCAGACGCCCCGCGACAGUCCAUCCAAUCCCUUCGUCGUCCCCAGCCAGCCCACGCCGCUGACGCCCAGGGAUGGCCUGAGGGACCACCGCCGGAACUCGCUUCAGCUCACCCCCCGCGAUCGGGGCAGGCAGCUCACCCCACGGGGGGAGAGCAGCCGCAGCCAGCCGGUGAUCCGAUCAGGGCAGCUGACACCCAGAGGGGAUCCUAGCGAUUGGAUGAAGGAGAGGCCAGUCACGCCCAGGGAGGGGGGGGCCACGCCCAGAGGCCGGUCGGCCACGGCGGAUGGGCCGUUGAGGCUGAAGGGGCUGCCAGGGUCGGCGUGGACGCCCGAGGGGUCGCGGUCAGCGCGCGGGGGUGAGGGGCGGGGCGAGGAGCCGCUGGCCAGGAGCGUCGGCAAGCACGUGCGGUGGCUGGACGGCAAGGUGGGCAAGGUGGUGAAGAAGAGGACGGCGGAGGUGGAGCUGCAGGGCCUGAAGAAGAGGCGGGAGAUGUUGUUGCGGGAGAGGGACGACAUUAUGAAGAAUCGCUCCCUGUUGGAACUCAAGCAAAUGCGGACAGAGAAUGGCCCAGGUCGACGUCUUGCUGAAGUGGAGGGCCAGAUGAGACUUCUAAAGCAGGAAAGCAGCUCCCUGGUGCCAACUGUGCAAGGAGGGGACACAGAAGCAACAAGGCAGCGGAGCAACUCUCACAAUCAGGAGCUCAGCGUCUUGGACGACCGUGUUGACAUCCUCAGUGCGGAGCUGGAGUAUGUCAACGAUGCCGUGGCUGAGCGCCUGAGGCUGGUGUCCAGUGCAUCUUUGGCGGCGGAGGGCAUCCAGUGCUGUGUGCAGUGCCUCAGCGCUGAGGAGGCACAUGGUGUGCUUGAACACUACCUCAUGCAGCUGGUGCAGGUGCUGCAGGAGCAGAAGCACAAUGCAGAAAAGAUAAGUCGCUUGGAGGCGGCUGUCAUGGACAAGAGCCACCAGGUGGACGUGGCUGAGGGCAACCUGAAGCUGAAACAUAAGGAACUGGAGCGCCGGCUGCGGGAGGUGCAGAAAGAACACGCAGUUAAGGUGCAGGGCCUCCUCAGGCAGAUCAAAGUGCUCUCGAGAGAGCAGCCACUGCCCUUGCCACGCUCUGCUGAUGGCAUUUACACUGGAAGGUCUGGUGGCAGCAGUCCUGGGACAUCCUCGAGUACAGAUGCAGUGCAGGCGACGGCUUUUUAUAAACAGCAGUCUGAACAGCUCAGCAAGGACAACUUCUAUUACAAACUGAGGGACAAGGAACUCAAGCAGAAGCUGAGGGACACAGACCCCGAGGGAAGCGGUAGUGGCUGCCGACCCUCCUCACAGGGAGACUCAUUGUGGCACAGGUGCCCUUAUUCGGAUCUUCCCUUUGAAGUGUGCCUCAGCCACCACAAAGAUCAUCUGUGA